GUAAUCAUUAUCGAACAUGGGUGCCACCAAAUAAGUUUGACACUUUAAUCCACCAACUCUAUUUUUCAUUCAUAUAAAUACUAUACUAUAUACCCCUCCAAAAGUACUUAAACCAAAAAACAAACAAAAAAAAAUGAAUUCUUACUAUUUUUUUGCCCCUCUUUUGUUACUAUCAAUUUUUUCAACAACCAUCAAUGCCUUCACUCAACAACAAAGUAACUAUGCAAUGCAAGCAUAUAGAAACUAUUACAACAACAACAAUAAUUUGAUUCAACAAUUUUUGGCUCCUCAAAAUGCAGCUCGUUCAAUGCUUAGGCUAAAACCAUUAGUAUGGGACAAAAAAUUGGAGAAUUAUGCAAAAUGGUAUGCAAAUCAAAGAAGGUAUGAUUGUGAAUUGCAACAUUCUAAUGGACCUUACGGCGAAAAUAUUUUUUGGGGGGGAGGGGAUGGUUGGUCGCCAAUCCAGGCUGUAGCAGCGUGGGUUGGCGAACGACGAUCGUACAACUAUGGUUACAAUAGUUGUAGUGGGGAACAAGAAUGUGGACACUAUACACAAAUAGUGUGGAGAGAGACUAGAAGAAUUGGUUGUGCAAAAGUUACUUGUUAUAAUGGAUUGGGUGUUUUUAUGACUUGCAAUUAUGAUCCACCAGGUAAUUACAUUGGUGAAAGACCUUACUAAUUUUUAACUUUUUUUUUUUGGGAAAGAAAAUAAAUGCAUUCAGUUGGUUUUUGUAUUAUUAUUAUUAUUAUUUUUGUUUUCUUGAAUUAUUUUUUUUUGUUUUUGUUUUGUGAGAUUGAGAAAAGAAUAUUUUUCUCAUUGUUACUUGAUUAAUUUGUAUCAAUAAUGACAAGUGUAAUAUCAUGAUUUGAAAGUUAACUAUAUGGUUUAUGAGUUUAUGUGAAUGUUGAAGGGUUUUUAGGUUUGUUUGUA